UCGCCUUCAUUUUCUGACAACCUCUUUCUUCUCCGCCAUACCCUCUCUGGUUUUCUUCUACAAUUUCUGUAGUCAUGGCGAGCGAAGGCGAUUGGUCUUGCGACGCCAACGACUCCGUUCAUAUCACAGUCGUCCAGCCCGGCAAAGAGAAACCCACCACGCUUUCCACCUUUCACCCUCAGUUUACCUACCCUAUCUUCGGAGAUGAGGAACAGAUCUUCGGCUACAGAGGCUUGAUCAUCCGCCUGCGGUUUGCCGCCCAUGAUCUCCGCCCGCAGGUCCAUAUCUCUUACGACGAGAAAUUCAAGCCCGUGGGGGACGCCGUCCCGGUCGACCUUCUGAAAGCGCUGAGGCCAUUCGUCCCGGAAGAGGCUUUCACGGCCCUUCCCGAAUACGAGAAAGCACUCCAAGAGGAUAAAGAUGCGAAGGACUUUGUGCCUCCGGGAAAACUUGUGCACAGCUAUGUCACUCGGGGACGAUCAUACGAAAUCUGGGCUGGGUCGCUCGCGAAUCCGGAAGUGCGACGGCUUUUGGACCGUGCGCAGGUCUUGGUGUCACUGUUCAUCGAAGCCGGGACACCUUUAGAAACAGACGAUCCUGAGUGGACGCUCAAAAGAUGGAUGGUCUAUUUUGUUUACGAGAAGGUCACCCCGCCCACCCCGUCCGCCUCGCAGUACUCGAUCGUCGGGUAUGCGACGACAUAUCGUUGGUGGCUAUACCGGAGGGACGCGACGACAGACACAUUGGAUGGAUCUAAACCCUACCCGCCAGCGGAGCUGGAUCUCGCGAAUCUCCCAUCACGAUUGCGAAUCUCGCAGUUUCUGAUCCUCCCGCCUCACCAAGGCUCAGGACACGGCACCCAUUUGUACACAACCAUCCACGAUGCUUGCGUCGCUGAUACGACCAUCGUCGAGUUGACCGUCGAAGACCCGAACGAAGCCUUUGAUGCCCUCCGCGACACCGCAGAUUACCAUAUUCUGCACCCAGUGUUCGUCAAACACAAUGUGAACAUCAACCCCGAUCCAUACGACGAGCAAACCAAGAAAAGACGACCCCGCCGCGUGCCUACUUCUGCUCUCAUCCCCACCGCAGCUCUACAAGACAUUCGCGCCGCAUUCAAGAUCCAGUCGACGCAGUUUUCCCACAUUUUGGAAAUGUUCCUUUUGGCCCAGAUUCCCCCUAAGAACCGCCACACCGGCGGAGCCAACAUGGCACGUCUAUUGAUCCGGAAAUAUAAUGCAGAGGACCCUAACGAACGGCGCUACUACUGGUGGCGAAUGCUCACCAAGCAGCGUCUGUACAAGCGGUCGCGCGACAUGCUCAUCCAAAUGGACGUGAGCGAACGCGUCCAAGCGCUGGAGGACACUGUUACAAACGUGGAAGAGGGAUAUGCUGCGCUCCUGAAGGUCUUUGAAGCCCGCGAGGAAGCCCUCAAGGCUAAAGAAGCCGAAGCGGGUGGACUUCAAACCACUACGGCCGCAGAAGGGUCCAGCUCGGGACGAGACAAACGGAACAAGCGUAAACUCACUGUCGAAGAUGACGAAGAUGACGAGGAGGAAGAGGAAGAUCCGGCCAUGGCCAAGCGACCAAAGGUGUAACCCACGAACCUUGAACCCGCUUUUGUCUUGUCUAAUAAACCUUUGAUGUAAUCCUAAACUUUACGAAACGUGAGAUUGACAC